AUGGCAUCUGCCCUGGCAAAGUCGUACCCAUCUUUGCUUAUCUUCAGGUUGCUCGAUGGAAUGGCUGCUUCUGCACCUAUCGCUAUCGUUGGUGGCAUCUACGCCGAUAUAGAGGCAGAUCCUACGGCUCGUGGUCGACUCAUGGCAUAUUACAUGACGGCUACAACCAUUGGACCCGUCCUCGGGCCUCUAGCGUCAGGCUUCCUCGUGAGUUACGGCUGGAGAUCAUGUUUUUGGUUUGGUCUCGCAUAUGCAGGCAUUAGUCUACCUCUGGCUUUCCUGAUGCCAGAAACAUACGCGCCUAUAAUCCUUCAACAAAGAGCUGAGAGACUACGGAAAGAGACGGGCAAUUCAAAUAUAGUAUCGCCGUUGGAUCUCGGUAGCCGAGAUCUUAAAGGAACACUCAUUAUCCAUUUGGCACGGCCGUUGCGAAUGUUGUUCUCUGAGCCCAUCAUAUCUUGUUCCUGCUUAUACCUCGCCCUUACCUACGCAAUAUUUUAUCUCUACUUUCAGGCCUAUCCAUUGGUUUUCCAGGGUAUCUACGGAAUGGACGCAGCGAAGUCUGGACUUUGCUUCCUCCCAAUCGGGGUCGGCGCUGUAGUUGCUUGCAUGAUAUUCUUCUGGUACGACAAUUUUUUAGCCCGCGCAAAAGCCCGGAAUGCGAAAUGGGCACAUAUUGAAGAAUACCGCCGUCUUCCUCUUGCUUGCCUCGGAGGCCCAUUAUACGUUGUAGCUAUCUUCUUCAUGGGUUGGACAGCUUUUCCCAACGUUCACUGGUCGAUUCCUGCAUUGUCGGGGAUUCCGUUCGGGGCGGGAUACAUGUUGAAUUUUAUGGCCAUGGCCAAUUAUAUGGCCGACGCUUACGAGACCUACUCUGCUAGCGCUAUGUCCGCAUCUGCUUGUACACGGAGUAUUUGGGGGGCUAUGUUGCCUUUAGCGACCAAGCCAAUGUUCGAUCGCCUUGGGGUAAAUUGGGCAUACACUCUUGUUGGCUUUCUGAGCCUUGGGGUCACAGUAAUUCCAUUUGUCUUCAUUCGUUACGGAGUUCGUAUCCGAGAGAGCAGCAAGUUCUGUCAAGAGCUCAAGCGGUUAAAGGAAGCCGAUACUCAGGGACCACCAACAGAUCGAAGCGUGGGAAGGUCGGGCGAGGUUUCUACGAUUCAUGUCGAGCCCAAGGACGUGGAAAAUCAGAGUGGUCGGUAG